AUGCUAAUGCUACAAUUACUACGAAGUUUCUGCUUCAUCAUGAAUCUUCUGGUAAUUAUGCCCAGACAGUAUAAAAGAGAAACCCAAAAGGCAAACAGCUAUACUCCAGAUGAUUUAAAUGCUGCUUUGGAGGCAAUUCGCAGCAAUGGAAUCAGUAUUAAGAGAGCUAGUGUGCUAUAUAAUAUUCCUAAAUCAACAUUAGCCGGUCAUAAGACAGGUAGAAGAUGGGUUAAAAGUCAAAGUUUAGGAAGAAUGACAGAUAUUCCAAUAGAACAAACGAUCAUUACAGAAAGUAUAAAAACUAUGGGAAAAUGGGGUUUGGAUCUAUCAAGACAAGAAAUUUAAGGCUUGUUGGAGAGUUUGUUACAACAACUGGUUUGAAAUCACGGUUUAAAAAUGAAAUUUUGGGUGAAGACAGAUUCCGAAACUUCAAUCUCAGAACAUCGAAGUAGCCAGAAGGAAGACCCAUUUUUUAUUAAAAAAUACUUCGACUUGCUUUAAUAAUAACAAUAAUAAUAAUAAUAAGGUUAUUUCCAAAGAUAAAUUUGAUCAACCAGCUUAUAAGAGAUUGGAAAGCCACAGUCAGAAUAACAUGCAUAUAACGGCAGAGUCAUCAAGUAAAG